AUGUGGUACUACUCAAGUGCGACGUUCUAUGCGAUGACACUAUUCACUACCAUCGGUUACGGCACUAUUGUUUGCCAGACGGUUUGGGGCCGAAUAUUGUCAGUGGUAUACGCUUGCAUAGGAAUUCCAUUGAUGCUGGUAGUUCUUGGAGAUAUCGGUGAAUGGUUCCAGAAGAUUCUCACGAAGACCUACAUCUUUUUCCUGAUCAAAUGGAGGAAUUUUCGUAAACAAAAGCUCAGCACGCCAUUGGACGAGAUUUUCUUACCCAUGUGGAUUGCACUGCCGUUAGUGUUGAUUUACAUCGUCUCUUGCACCAUGAUUAUUCAUUGGUUCGAUCAUAACGAAGGAAAUAAACCG